CUGAUGAAUUUCCUGUUCUAUGCGUCGCAGGACAUGACAAUAUACAGUCUUUGGCGUGAUAUAGAUGACUACUACAGUGAUGCUAUAGCCAACAACAACUUGUGCGAUGAUAGGAAACGCUGAUCUCUGGCUGGUCCGUACAUACUGGGACUUUGAGUACCCCCGACCUUUCCUCCCAAACUUCAAAUUUGUUGGAGGAAUCCACCUCAAGACCGCCAAGCUCUUACCAGAGAUUCUGUGGAGGCACAGUGAGGAGACGCCUGAGACUCUGGCUCCCAACACCAGAGUGUACAACUGGAUCCCACAGAACGACCUGCUGGGCCACCCAAAAACUAGAGCCUUGAUCACCCAUGGUGGAACCAAUGGAAUCUAUGAGGAUAUUUACAAUGGGGUUCCCAUGGUGGGUAUUCCUAUGUUUGCUGACCAGCCAGACAAUAUGAUCCAUAUGAAGGCCAAGGGAGCUGCUGUCAUCAUGGACUUCAACUCCAUGCAAACCUGGGACCUUGUGGAUGGACUCAAUGCUGUGAUCAAUAACCCAUCGUAUAGGGAGAACGCCAUGAGGCUGUGCAGAAUCCAUUAUGACAGACCGCUCGCAUUGUUCUGGCUAGAGUUCACUAUAGAAAGAGGGGACAGGCUCCUGAGGUUCCAGGCCCACCAGCUCACCUGGUACCAGUACCACAGCCUGGAUGUGCUGGCUCUGCUUCUGGCUGUCCUGCUGCUCCUAACCCUCCUCUUCAUCAAAACAGGCUUCUUCUGCAUCAGGAGUUGCUGUUAUGGAACCAAGUUUAAAAGCAAGGGAGAGUGACAGCUUCAGCCAUAUAAAUACAAUGAAUAGAAUGGACAUCUCUAUUCACGUCAUUUAUGGCAUAAUGGGUGGACUGGAAGCCUUUGAGUGUACACGUAAGAGCAGGAAAUAAAAGCAGUAAGUAAAAACAUCAACAUGUGUUGUGAUUUGUUAAAUCAACUCAACUGACGUUACAAAAAAUACAUUCCAUUGCAUGAGCCACAUCAGUUAGCACAAAUGGGUUCCAAGAUGGCGUAGCAGUAGUUGUCCUGUCGUAUCGUCUCUCUGUAAAUAUCGUCUCUUUUUCGUUUUAGAUAUUUUUUAGAUAUUUUUUUUUUCUUCGCAUAUCCUUAAAAACAUUUUGCUAAACCUAAGCUUCCAAAUACUCCUCUGCAACCCGCCAAUGUAGCUACUUUCCUAACGUAGUUAUAUUUACUUCGGAACCGGACCCUCUCAACUGAAGCUAGCCAGCGAACUACCAGCUAUACCAGCUAACCUUUAGCUCGGAAAGCUCUCGCCAGUUCGAACAACGCGACGCUAACCAGAGCAUAACGGACCCUUUACCCCCGGAUUCCCACCACAAACGGAACAUUCUUCAGCUGGAUCCUCGCAACUAGCUAUCGAGCUAAACAGCAAACCUGGUUGAUUACUCCUGGCUAGCGUUUCCACCCACGUAGCUUGAAGCUAGCCCGGCCAGAGCUCCUAGCAUACUCCUGGGCUACAAUACCUUGACUACGACCGGUCUAUCGAUAUCACCACAUGAAGAGGAAUAAACAGACUCACCCCAUCGCGACGUCCUCCAAAGGCUAACUCUCUAGCCCUCGCUAUCUCCUUGCUUGCUAGUUCGGCACGCUAACUGCUAGCUUGUUUAGCCCAGGUCCGCUAACUACUACCUUGUUUACCCCGGCCUGCUAAUCUGUUAGCUUGUUAGCACAGGCCUGCUAACCGUCCCGCCGCGUCCCAAAAACGCAGUGGCCCAUAUGUACUAUAAACAAAAAAAAUUGUUUAUACCUUCCGGAAACUUGCCUCACCCAAUGUGAUACGGAAUCGCUAUUAUCUUUAUUUUUAGAACACACUCAAGAACCUCCAGAAGCUAACCAGCUAGCUAGCUACAAGCUAUUUAGUCAUUGUUAGUUUUCUUAACCUGGAUAACACUCGCCAGCCUAGCCCCCCUGCCCCAUCCACCGCUGCCCCCUGGACUCUGAUCACUUGGCUACAUAGCUGAUGCACGCUGGACUGUCCAUUAAUCACGGUACUCCUUUCUGCUUGUUUGUUUUAUCUGUCGGCCGAGUUGCCUAGUCAAUGCCAUCUCACCUGCUGUUGUUAUGCUAGCUGAUUAGCUGUUGUCUCACCCACUGUUUUAGCUAGCUUUCCCAAUUCAACACCUGUGUUCACUGUAUGCAUCGCUGUAUGUCUCUCUCAAAUGUCAAUAUGCCUUGUAUACUAUUGCUCAGGUUAGUUAUCAUUGUUUUAGUUCACAAUGGAGCCCCUAGUCCUAUUCCUCACACCCCUGAUACCUCCUUUGUCCCACCUCCCACAUAUGCGGUGA